UGCAAGCGGCCAAUGUUAAAUGCCGGCACGCAGACGCUGCUGCUGCUGCUGCGUUGUAAGGUCAAUCGCAAUUAGCGCCGUUGUCUUAAUAAUUAAACCUUCGGCUGUGACCCCCCCCACACACACACACACAACAACAACAACCACCACCACCAUCAUCAUCAUCAUCACCCACUGAAGCCGGAUUAAUAUCGCGUGCCCCCCACCACCACCACCAACAUCAACAACGAGGGAGAGGAGGAGGAGGAGGACACGGCGGAGGAAGAGGCGCGGUGGAGGGGGUCAGGGUCCGGGUCGGCCACGUCUGUCCCGGCUCCGCGUCGGCCGCGAUGGCUUCGGCCGCGGAAGCGAAGUCCUUCCCACGGAAGGAUCAGCCGGAUCCAGGCGGAGUGACCGCCGCUGAGAUGGGACCUCUGCUGCCGGGACGCACCGAUGCGCGGACGACUUCUGGUGGAGCCACUGAGGAGGAAGAAGAGGAGGAGGAGGAGGUUCCGCUGAGAGUCAUCACGCUGCCCGAGCAGGCCCACCACGCCAUGGAGAAGAUGGAAGAGUUUGUGUACAAGGUGUGGGAACGGCGCUGGCAGGUCAUCCCGUUCGACCUGCUGCCCAGCUGGCUCCAGGACAACGAUUACCUCCUGCAGGGCCACCGGCCGCCCAUGCCGUCGUUCCGCGCCUGCUUCAGCAGCAUCUUCCGCAUCCACACGGAGACCGGCAACAUCUGGACGCACCUCAUCGGCUUCGUGCUGUUCCUGUCGCUGGGCGUGGUGUACAUGCUGCGCCCCAACAUGGCGUUCGUGGCGCCGCUGCAGGAGAAGGUGGUGUUCGGCGCGUUCUUCGUGGGCGCCGUGCUCUGCCUGUGCUUCUCCUGGCUCUUCCACACCGUCUACUGCCACUCGGAGAAAGUCUCGCGCACCUUCUCCAAGCUCGACUACUCGGGCAUCGCGCUGCUCAUCAUGGGCAGCUUCGUGCCCUGGCUCUACUACUCGUUCUACUGCUCUCCGCAGCCGCGCCUCAUCUACCUCGUCAUCGUGUGCGUGCUCGGCGUCGCCGCCAUCGUUGUCUCGCAGUGGGACCGCUUCUCCACGCCGGCCUACCGGGCGGUGCGCGCCGGCGUGUUCCUGGGCCUGGGUCUGAGCGGCGUGGUGCCGACCGUCCACUUUGCGGUGGCCGAGGGCUUCGUGAAGGCCACCACGGUGGGGCAGAUGGGCUGGCUGCUCCUCAUGGCGGUGCUGUACAUCACGGGCGCGGGGCUGUACGCCGCGCGCGUGCCCGAGCGUUUCUUCCCGGGAAAGUGCGACAUCUGGUUCCAGUCGCACCAGAUCUUCCACGUGCUGGUGGUGGCGGCGGCGUGCGUUCACUUUCACGGCGUCUCCAACCUGCAGGAGUUCCGCUACUCGCUCGGCGGAGGCUGCACGGACGACACGCUCUUCUAAGGCGCGGGGCCGGCACGGACGAGCCGCCCCUCAUCGCCGCCGCCAGCAGCAGCAGCAGCGGUAGCAGUAGCAGCCGUCACUUUAGGCGGGCGGAGCAGUGUUUCUGCUCCCCCCCCCACCCCAGUCCCGGUCCCUUUCCAUCCAUUCCCGUUAAUUCCGGACGCUGCACGCUGGUCUGGUAAAGUGUGGCGUCGUGAGGGUGCCGGCUGCCGCCACCGCCGCGAUCGGUGGCGGUGGCGAUGUUUACUUGAAAGUAUGCCGAUGAAUCGGCGACAGUGCGUCCAAUUUUUGACCGUCGAUGAAAGCGUCCACUGGACUCUCCUUCAACCGUCGCGUUUGCAGUUCCCAUGUCGGCGGUGGGCCCCAGGCGGUAGCCGUGUCAGCGCAGGGGAGUGCACUCUGCCUGUUGUCGCUAGUUAUUUUCUGCUCUUGCCGCCGUUGAUGCGAACCCGUGCGAAACCGUGCGACCUUGUGCGACCUCGUGCGACCUCGUGCGACCUCGUGCGAACCCGUGCGACCUCGUGCGAACCCGUGCGACUUUGUGCGACCCCAUGCGACCUCGUGCGACCUCAUGCGACCUCGUGCA